CCGACGGUGCUUGAUCGCUGCGUGCGCUUGGAAAAAUGCAGUUUAAAAAAAAACUGCAGUAGCGGAUAAACUUGAGCAGAAAUGUGAAACGAUACAAUGUAGUUGAAGCUGGAUAGCACCAUAUAAAAAACAAAACAAAACAAAAACAAACCAUGCUCUUAAUGGUUCGUUAGUGGGUUUUAGUUGUCUACAUAAAUAGUUAAGUUGCUUGGCUAUAUGGAUCUUCAAAGAUAAAAAAAAAAAAAGUUAGUUUGUUCUUUAAGUAGCAUGAGUUUCCAAAAAGAUCCAUCGCUUUGGUUCUAAAUGGAACUUUUAUUUUUCCACAAAAAAGUUUAGUUGCUACAAUUAUUGUUACAAGUGUAUAAUAAUACGGACUAGUAAUCAUAAAGGAUCUCUUUCAAACAGCAUACUUAUCUAAGGUGACAGAUCUAAAGUUUUCACCUAGAACCAUAAAGGGGUUCGAGGGCAAAGUUCGUCAAAGAACUGUUUACUCUAUUGUUCUUUGCAAAGCGUGUAACUUUAGGAGUGCUUUUGAGAACCCAGAAUCAUGUGCUUAUGGGAAGAACCUACAAUGUUACAUCAAACACUUCUGCUCAGAGAACUCUCUUUAUCUCCAGUGUCUACAGCAAAAUCAAAAAGUCGUUUGUAAGUAUAAUAAACGUAAGAACCGUUAAUGAGCAUUUGUUUUAUGAGUACGCUGAUGGGAAAGAUUUAGAUUUUUUCUUCAGUAUCUGCUUAAAAGCUCAUUGCAGCUUUAUUGCCAUUUACAAUGCACCUAUUUAAUAAUUAUUUGGUUUAAAAUAUAAUUCAGAAUUUGACUAAUCUCAACCGUUUGCUUUCAAUUGCCCAUAUAACAUUCGACAGCAACAUGACUGUUUUUGUUUUUCUACAAAUGAAACAAAAAAUUCCUUCUUUGCACCAUUAAAAUGCAUUUUCUCGAGUAUGAAUACUAAUUUGUGGCAAAAGCAUUUUAAAAUGAGUUGAAAUUAUUAGGUCUUUUUGUGAUAACUGCCAGAUUCCUCAUUCAUUUGGGUUAUGAAAAUUACUGCAGGGAAAAUUCAUUUAGUCAUCUUUUCAAAACCUCUUCAUUCUCUUUGUCUGUUGACCUUCAUGCUGAAUCUUCAUAUUAGAAGAUAGCUUCAAUAACAAAUAAGUCCAUAAUAUUGUGUAGCCACUUUUACAUUUUGACAUGCCUUAGUGGCCUGUUGAAUUAGAAACGAUCAACAUCUAGUUUUUCGAUGCAUGGUGGAGACAAAUUAAUGAAAGUCCUAAGAGCUGAAAAUCCCAUUAUUCAUAAAAGAUGUAUGUUUGUAUAGAAUUGAUCAAUUCUAUAUUUUUUUUCAUGAAUUCUUUUGAUUACUUUUUUAAAGAAAAGCCUACAUCAGGCGGUUCUAUUGUAACCUACCCUGUAUGGCGCGACGAAUGUAUUUGAAACGAAAAUGCAAAAGCAUUGAAAUCGUGAGAAAUUGCAACCUUCAUGUUUUGCACUUUUAUUUGAACUUGUGAAAGCGUCAGACCCUUCGGGGCAGUUUAUUUAAGACAAAGUUUGCUUUAUCUGUCAUUCAUUCAUUCGAAUCAAUAACGUGCGUUUUUUCCUUCGCUCGGGUUGUUUUGCAUUUUGUUCAGACAAAAUAGAUGUAGACAGGAACACAUGCAGCCUCAAUUCUUUCCAUUCAUAAAUGAUGUCUUCUCUGAAUUAUGCAAUUCAGUCACUUGCAAAGAGAAGCACCUUGUACCGAGCUAUUACGGAUAAUCUGCAGUCGUAACACAGUUCGAACCAAACAAAUAAAACGCUUGGCUCAAAUACCGUGGACCUUGUGGAUGAGGUUUAUGUUCAGUAUUCACUUCUGAACGGCGUCUUGUAGCACUUGUGAAGAUUCCUUCCAAGGUUCAAACCGAUGCGGUCACAGACUUUGAUAAGUACAUAUGUAGAUAAAUUAAUAAAACGCAUAAAUAUUAUGAUGUAUUCGCAGUAUGGGAUACAGUUUCCGUCAGGGCUCCUCAAAACUGUGCAGUAUUUUACAUAAAGCAUUCAGAAGGUCUUUUCUGGCAGUGAAUGCAUGGACACACGUAAGUUUAGUAUGAGUGCAAAAUAAAUCUGAUUCUGUGCUCCUGUUUAUUACAUGUUAGAUUCAUGCAAGAUGGAAAUAUUAAUGUAUAGAGAUUUGGUAUUUACUUAACAAAUAGUACGUUUAUGAAGUUGGGGUUGAGUAGGUGCAAGGAUGAAGGAAGAACUGCCACAGGAGCGAGAAGCUCAUAUACUUCUUUGAUUAUCAGGAUUUAUGUUUAGAAAGAGACAGAUAAUGCCUUUGACAGAUCAUUGGUAGACUUGAAACUCUUGAACUUUUGCAUGGCUUGCUUGUUACGGAUGAGGUCAAACGCGUUUCUCUCUAAGGUUCUUUGUUUUCUGCAGCUCUCAGAAAUCCCACUCUCUCCUCCUACGAGUCCAUCACGUGCGUUUGGUAAUGAAUGGGGCAGAAUCACGCUGCCGGUUACACAGAUGCAUGUAUACGCAUCUACUUUUUAGUGCAGAUUUCAGAGAGAAUGGAUAAUGUGACCUUCUUGAUUAAAAAUAGAUGGUUUUACAGGCUGAUUCCACAUGAGGACCUUCUGGGGAUGUUCUGUGGAAGCUUCAAAGAAGCCAGAAGUGCGUCAAUUUUGAUGCAACUCAACACAAAGCUAAAUCUCUGUCUUUAUUUACUUAACCCAUAUGCUGUCAUUUUUUUUCUGAGAGAGCUUUUCUUCAUUCAUAAAUAAUGAAGAAUUACUAUAGGUUUGGAAUCUGCACAUAAAGGCUCAAAAAAGAGCAAUCAGGUUUCUAAAGCUUCUAUGGAUGUUAAAGAUUCUUCAUGGAACCAUCAACGCCAAUAAAGAACCUUUUUAAGAGUUAUAACUGUGCAAAGGGGUCGUAUGUCCAACUCGCAGACCAGUCCAGGACAGUACCUGAGCAACGGGAGUGACCCAUAUAAUGGGCAGCCGUAUCUCUCAGGCUUCAUCUCUCUGCUCCUACGGGCUGAGCCGUACCCCACGUCCCGCUAUGGAGCCCAGUGCAUGCAGUCCAACAACCUAAUGGGCAUCGAGAAUAUCUGUGAAUUGGCCGCCCGUUUGCUCUUCAGUGCCGUGGAGUGGGCAAAGAACAUCCCUUUCUUUCCUGACCUACAGCUGAUGGACCAGGUGGCGCUCUUGCGUAUGUCGUGGAGUGAGCUGUUCGUUCUAAAUGCUGCUCAGUGCUCUAUGCCGCUGCAUGUAGCGCCCCUGCUGGCCGCUGCUGGUCUACAUGCCUCCCCAAUGUCAGCCGAAAGAGUGGUGGCCUUCAUGGACCACAUACGUGUCUUCCAAGAGCAGGUUGAGAAACUGAAAGCCCUUCAGGUAGACACGGCCGAAUACUCCUGUCUGAAGUCCAUCGUGCUUUUCACCUCUGAUGCCAUGGGUCUAUCUGAUGUGGCCCAUGUGGAGAGCAUCCAGGAAAAGUCCCAGUGCGCUCUUGAGGAGUACGUGCGGAACCAAUACCCCAAUCAACCCAACCGAUUUGGCCGCCUAUUGUUACGGCUGCCCUCCCUGCGCAUUGUUUCUUCUCCUGUUAUCGAACAGCUGUUCUUUGUGCGACUGGUAGGCAAAACACCCAUCGAGACCCUGCUGCGGGACAUGCUGCUUUCCGGCUCCAGCUACAACUGGCCUUACAUGCCAGUCCAGAGAGACCGGCCCAUCUCACUCCAUUACAACGAGAACGGGCCCUGAUCCUGACCCCGCCCCUAUAAUCCAUAUCACACCCCCGCCACCAAGGGGUCAUGGCCAAUACAGAGAAUCUGUCAGCAAGCCACACCCCUUUCUGCCACAUCAUCACCUGCUCACUUACCUGAAGCACCAGCCAUUUGUUCAGUCAAUGGGAAUGGACCACAGCACUCGUACAAACACCGAACUGUUUCCUACAGAGGUUUUCUAUGAACGAGAACGUCUAUUCCUGAUUUUGACUCAACCAGAAGCCAUUAAAGCUGAUGCCAAAACUUUAGAACAGCUGUUAGAUGGACCUCGAAAAACCACUUGUAUUAAUGGGAGAGUCAAGAUUCUGUCUACAUGGUUGGGGGGUUGUAUUUCCCCCCAGAUCUAACUGAGAGAAGGGCAUGACUCUUGCAGGACUUGUUGGAGAGACAGCCAUUGCCAAAGUAGGACAGGCAACUGAACUCUCGGGAGCGUUUUGUGGAACUGAUGACUGAGGUGAAAUUUCGUUUGUCUUGUUGAUUUUUGCGUUUAGGUCUCUGAUGAAGUGGGAAGACUUGAAGAGGCACUUGAAACCAGCCAGAAAAACCCUCACUUUCCGUGCUUUUCUCAGCUGCAUCCAAAUACUCAGCACAUCUAGACAGAAUGUUGCCGUGUCAAGCACAACAUACGUCUUGUUAAAUACAGGUGUUUAUCUCCUGUAGCAUCAAGAAAAACACUAGGGUAAAAUAGGCUAUUCUGGGACAUUCGAGAACGAUGCAGCGAUCCAAGCCAACAAAGUCUAUGCUAAUGUUACCAUAUUCUAGCUGGGCUGUCAUACGAUGAAAUCUCAUUUGACUGUUUAAAGUGUUAAGGUGGCAGUCAAUCAUGAAAAAAUGACCCAGAUUACCCUAAUUGACCCGGCAAACUCAAGACCUCAAUUAUGCCAAUAGUCUGCCUUUGAUGACCAGGUAUAUUGUGUAGCAUACUGUAGGUUUCAUCAAAUAUUUUUGUUACUUUCUUGCUCAUUUAAAUAUGUUUAAACCCCGUUGUCACAUUUUAAACAUGGCACUACAGCUUUUAAGGCAGCAUUUGGAUAUAAAAGCCAUUGGGACCUUUAAAAGCAGGACCUGUUGUAUUAGUUCACAGAAUAUUUCUAUCAAAGUAUGUUUUCUGUAUUUUAGGUUUGGAGAAAUGAAUUAAUGAAAUAAAAGUCUGUCAUUCACAGAA